AUGGCCACUACGAAGCCUCAAGUGAUGGUGCUGCCAUUUCCGGCGCAAGGCCACGUCACUCCGUUCAUGGAGCUGUCGCACCGCCUCGUCGACCAUGGCUUCGAGGUCACCUUCGUCUGCACCGGGCUCAUACACGCGCUCCUCCUCGACGCCAUGCCGUGCAACACCGACGGCAACAAGACGCCGUUGGAGGGGAUCCGUCUGGUGUCAAUACCGGAUGGCAUGGCUGAAAGCGACGACCGCAGGGAUCUCUGCAAGUUCGUGGAAGCGGUCUCGCAGUACGUGCCCGGCUACGUGGAGGAGCUCAUCAGGGAGACGGAGGCGUCCGGGGAGAAGAAGGUGAAGUGGCUCCUCGCCGAUGUCAACAUGGGGUUCUGCUUCCGGGUUGCCAAGAACCUCGGCGUUCGGGUGGCUGCCGUCUGGCCGGCGGCAGCUGCGAGUCUCGGGAUGUGGUUCAGGAUUCCCCACAUGAUAGAAGAUGGCCUCAUUGACGACAAGGGCGUGGCAAAGCGAGAGGGAACGUACGAGUUCGGGCCCAAGAUGCCGCCGAUCUGCACGGCGCGCAUGCCGUGGGUUAUCGACGGCCCACCCGAGGGGCAGCAGGCAAUGUUCCAAGUGGUGGUCUCCGACAACGCCCAGGCCACCAGCCAUGCCGAGAUCAUCGUGUGCAACUCGUUCCUGGACGCCGAGACCACGGCGUUCGAGCUGUUCCCCGAGAUAGUGCCUAUCGGCCCGCUGUUCGCCGAUCAGGAGUUCCGGAAGCCGGUGGGGCAGUUCUGGCCGGAAGACGCGAGCUGCUUGGAAUGGCUGGACGCGCAGUCCGACAGCUCCGUCGUGUACGUGGCGUUCGGCAGCUUCACCAUCUUCGGCUCGCGGCAGUUCCAGGAGCUGGCCGAGGGGCUGGAGCGCACCGGCCGGCCGUUCUUGUGGGUGGUGCGCCCGGACUUCACCUCCGGCGGUCUGAGCAAGGCGUGGUUCGACGAGUUUUCGAGCCGCAUGGCCGGCAAGGGCAUGAUCGUCAGCUGGUGCCCCCAGCAGCAGGUUCUGGCGCAUCCCGCGGUGGCCUGCUUCAUGUCGCACUGCGGGUGGAACUCGACGACGGAAGGGGUCAGGAACGGCGUGCCGAUCUUGUGCUGGCCCUACUUCGCCGAUCAAUUCACGAACCGGAGCUACAUUUGCGACAUCUGGAUGACUGGCUUGGCCGUGACGGCCGGUGAAGAUGGCGUCGUGACUAAAGAAGAGGUGCAGAGCAAACUGGAGCAGCUCAUCGGCGACAAGGAGAUUGCAGAGAGGGUACGGAUGCUCAGGGACGCAGCUCGCACAAGCCUCAACGAGGGCGGCUCCUCGUACGAGAACUUCAAGAGAUUUGUUAAUCUCUUGGCGGAGUGA